UUGAUCGGACAAAAUCGCCAUUCUCUUCUCUCCUUUUCUUAUCCUCUGUCUCCUGAGCUCGCUCGUAUAGUCGUAUCUCCUCUCUGGACGAACAGAAAGGUUACCAGCAGCACCACGGCGAGAUCUCCCCUUGGCGGGCCAAAACCGACGGCGAGCUUCACCGGCGUUGGUCGGCUCCCUUCUCUUCGCCGUUUUAUUUUCCUCCCAGAUCCGGCGGUGACCGUGCUCCUGUUCGUUCUUCUGGUCUUGAUUCGAUUGGGAGGGGAAGGGGUUCCUUCGGUCUUGGGAAAUUCGAAGACAUGCCUGCGCUCUACGCUUACGGAGAUGGCGGGUGGCCGUGGUGGUCAUGGCGGCGUGGUCGUCGUCGUCGUCCCGGCGCGCCCGCCGCCCUUGCACCACCGUCGCCGUGCAGACUGCGGAGAGCCUUGGUUUGUGGGGCGGGUAGGGGAGUCAGUGCUGCUGCUGACCUUUUUGGUUGGGGGUAAACCUGUCCGAUCAACUGCUGACAGCACAGUAAAAGACGUUGAUCUUUCAAAUAAACCCUAAAUGGCAUUUUGUAUAAGUCAGUGUUUGAGAAUGGCGUAUUGACAAAGCUUGUUCUCGUAAUGGCAUUUGAGCGAAUCCUAAUAAGUUUUAUAAUGGCAGAAUUCCAAUUUUCUCCGCCCACGCUGGUUCGUCUCGGACUCUCGGUUGGACUCCCCCAACUACCAUUCGCUGUUAAGGUUGCAGGCUUUUAGCUUGGGAUUCUGAAAGAUGGGGACCUCUUCUGGCGCGAAUUUCCAUCAGCAACCUCCUCCGACCCAGGGGAUGUUGCCUCCAAGGCAUGGUCCACGCCCCUCAGGGUUGCAGACCUCGCUCUCGCUGGCCUCUUCGGAGCAGGUUGGCUCGCCUGACAUGCAGGAGCCUGGUUCAAACUCGGAGCCAGGGCAUGAUUCCGCCACUGAGAGCGCCAGUUCCAAAGACACAUGGCCAGCUGAGCCGAACCAGAGCAAUGGUGGAGUGGCUGCCAGUGAUGUUGUGAGUAAGGCGGCGGAGAAGGAGGUGGCAAAUGGUGUAUCCAAGCCGCAGGUUAUCCAUGGACCCUCCUCCCGUAUGAGUGGGAUGCUUCUGCGGGAGGUUGCACGGGAGAGGGUUGAUCUGGUCGCUGAGAAGAUGAAGAUGAUGUCGGAUGAGCACCUAGAGGAGGUCAAGAAUGAGCUCAGGUCGAUUCUGGAGGGCACUGGAGGUUCUCACCACAUCGAGGAGUUCUUGUACUUGCAGAAGCUUGUCCAGGACAGGCAUGAUUUGACACCAUCCAUGCUUUCAGUGGCACACCAUGUGCAGCUUGAGAUCCUUGUUGCAAUCAAGACUGGGAUACAGGCCUUUCUGCACCCCAGUGUUACCAUUCCACACAAUCGCUUGGUGGAGGUCUUCUUGUACAAGAGGUGCCGGAACAUUGCUUGCCAGAGUGCUCUCCCUGCUGAGGAGUGCAGAUGCAACGUGUGCGCUAGCAGGAAUGGCUUUUGCAACCUGUGCAUGUGUGUCAUCUGCAACAAGUUUGAUUUUGAGGUCAAUACAUGCCGUUGGAUUGGCUGUGAUUUUUGCUCUCACUGGACACAUACAGAUUGUGCAAUUCACAAUGGCCAGAUCGGAAUGGGACAAUCAGUGAAAAGCAGCAUUGGUCAUGCUGAAAUGCUUUUUAGGUGCCGAGCUUGUCAGAGGACCUCAGAGCUGCUGGGUUGGGUUAAGGAUGUCUUCCAACAAUGCGCUCCUGGUUGGGAUAGGGAUGCUUUGUUACGCGAGCUUGAGUUCGUUUGUAAGAUAUUCCGUUUAAGUGAGGAUGCAAAAGGGAGAGUGUUGUUCAGGAAAUGUCUAGAUCUGAUUGAAAGGCUGAGGAACACUCCAGCUGAUUCCAUCAAUCCUAGGAUGAUACUACAAGCACUCCAAGAGCUUGAGAUGGACUCCCCCAAGAUCUCUGAAAAUGAAGAUGUUGGGCAUCUGAUCACACCCCAGGAAGCCUGCAACCGCAUAGCAGAGGUAGUCCAAGAGGCCGUGAGAAAGAUGGAGCUCGUGGCUGAAGAAAAGAUGCGACUUUACAAGAAGGCUCGCCUCGCCGUGGAGGCCUGCGACCGAGAGCUGGAGGAGAAGGUUAGGGAAGCCCAGGAGCUGAAGGCAGAGCGUCAGCGCAAGAAGCAGCAGGUGGAGGAGCUGGAGAGCAUCGUGCGGUUGAAGCAGGCGGAAGCGGAGAUGUUCCAGCUGAAGGCGAACGAGGCCCGGCAGGAGGCGGAGCGUCUGCAGAGCAUUGCGCUCACCAAGUCCAAGACAGCCGAGCAGGACUAUGCCAGCAUGUACCUAAAGCGGCGCCUGGAGGAGGCGGAGGCAGAGAAGCAGUUCCUCUUCGAGAAGAUCAAGCUGCAGGAGAACCAGAGGCCAACGGUCGGCGUGGGCAGCAGCAGCGGUGCGGGAGGGGACUCCACGCCGACGAUGAUGCUAUCCAAGAUUCAGGAUCUGCUCAAGAACGUCCGCAGCAUGCCAGCAAAGUCGGAGGGUCACUAGUCGGAGUAAGAGCUUUCGCUGCUGACACUUUCGGUAAUUAUGUGUGAUCUGCUGACUUGUUCGAGCAGAGGUGUAACGAAAUCGUGUGGUGCUGUGAGAAAUUCGAAUCCCUUCGCGUUACUGUCGGUACUCGCUAGGCGUGCUGAUGUAUUAACUCUGUUGGCGCAGGUGAUCAUAGUGUCUUGAAACAAUGUUAAAAGUUACAUCGGUAGACACGAAACAACCAACAGUUGUGGCCCUCCCUUUGCAUCUUAAAUCUACGUAUACACCCGCAUGCAUUUUUAACGGA